GAAAUCUACACCCAAACCGAAGGCGGAGAAACGCACACGAACAAAAUUGUCAUCCGCACCAAAACUUUUAAUGGGCUGCUGCGGCGACGACGACGACGAUGCACCAGCGCACGACCUCCUCCAGCCGCUGUGUUCCUCAUCCUCCGCCGACACCACCAUCUCGCCCCUCAAUUCCAAUUUCUCCGCCCUCCUAUGCAAGGAUACUCUCCGCGCCAUACUCCAGAAGCUAUCACUCUCCGAUCUCGCCCGCGCCGCUUGCGUCUGUCGCCUCUGGCACGCGGUAGCCUCCGACAACCAGAUGCAGAUUCAAGCCUUCAUUUCCCCGUGGAAGCUUCGACACAUGGUCGGAAAACCUACCUCUAGCAGCUUCUGGAGAGACAAUUCCCUUUCCAAAUUCGCCAUCUCUCACCGCCUCUCCCGCAGCGAUUCCAUUGCUAGCCUAGCUGUUAAGUACACCGUUCAGGUUAUGGGCAUCAAGCGCUUAAACAACAUGAUGAGUGACCACGGGAUAUACUCCAGGGAGCGUCUGCUGAUCCCUGUUAGCAACCCAGAAAUACUCGUAGAUUCCACAUGCUACAUAGAAGUGGACACUCAUGCAAAGAGAGAGGUUGCGGUACUGUAUCUAGAGGGUGGGCCUGACAGUAAUCUGAAUUCAAUGCUGCAUAGGCUGACCACUGAACGAGGCAAAAAAAGGGUGAUAGACUCAUUGAAGAGGAGCAUGCAUGUCGAUGAUGGCACUGCUCUAUACUACUUAUCCAUAUCGAAUGGUGAUCCUAGAGCCGCUCUUACACAAUUCUCUGAUGAUGUGCGCUGGGAGAGGCAGGUUAGUCUCGCAUAAUCUGUAAUAUAAAGCGGUGUGAUACUGUGUUGUGCUAGCAACAAUCGACUUUGCAUUACUGGGAUUCAUCGGUGUUUCAGUAUAUAUAGAAUCCCAUUUACCUGGAUUGAGGAAUAAUUUUCUUUAUCUGAGCUAACUAAGAAGCUUGGGGAAAUUAUUCAAAGUUGUGCUUAUAUGUAUCUGCUAUUUCAUGUUCUCAUAGAUCUUGUCCACAUAUGUAAGUUGUGACUCUUGGUGUGUAUGUACUUUUAACUUAUACAUCGAUUUGUAAAUAGUGAUAAGCUCGUUCCGUACCAUAGAAACUGCAGUUUUUUUCUGCAGUUUUCUGAAUUGAUGAUUAUUUACCAGACCUCA